AUGAAUUAAUCUGUAGGUGAAAAUUAACAAUCUUAGCCAUCCAUCAAUUAUGGGAAUGUGAAGUAUUCAUUCAAAUGUUUACGUCGACAUCUUUUUAAGGAUAAAGUUUAUCAUGUUCAUGCACUUUAGAAUAUGAUUACCAUAGGAGAGGUAUACCAAUAAUUAAAAGUAGCAUUUCAAUGACCCUAAUCCAAAGUAUAAAUUGGAAUUGAAUCUCAAGAAUACUGUUUUUUGGAAAUAAGAGAAUGGACAGAAUAAAGCCUUUGGAAUUAGAUAUAAGUAAGUAAUUAUUUUUAAACUAAUAUUUUCAAAGAAAGAAUGUGAAGUAUUUUGAGGCUUCUUCUGAACAAUUAACAAAAUUUCGUUAGGCUAUUAGCUGUUUAAUUGGGUUCCACUCACUUGAUGAACAUUAUAAAUUAGAAAAAGUGAUUGGACAAGGUUCAUUUUCUAAAGUACAUAAAGUUUAUAGGAUGCAUGAUGAUAAGGCAUUUGCAAUGAAGCAAGUUUCCAGUAAGUAAAAGAAUGAUAAAGAGAAUAUGGUAUAUAUUUUAUUUAAUUGAAUUCAGUAAUUAUUAGAAAACGAAAUUGGAAUUUUACAUUCUUUAAACAAUGAAUCUAUUCUUAAAAUAUAUGAAGUUUUUAGAAUAGAAGAACAUUAGUAUGGAAUUAUUGUUGAAUUUAUUGAUGGAAUUUGUUUAGCAACUCUUAUUGAACAACUCAAAAAACAUCAAAAUAAACUUAAAGAAUAUGAUAUCAAAAUUAUGUUGUAGGCAAUUCUUAAAGCUUUGGUUAUUAUUCAUUAAGAACAAGUUAUUCAUAGAGAUAUUAAACCAUAAAAUAUUAUGAUCUCUUAAUCAUCUUUUAGAAAUGUUAAAAUUAUUGAUUUUGGAUUGAGCAUUAAAAAUUAAUUGUAAUAUAACAGAUGUGGAACACCUGGUUAUAUGGCUCCAGAAAUUGUUAAUAUGAAAAAAGAUUAACAAAAAGCUUGGACAUCUCUUUGUGAUAUCUUUAGUCUAGGAGUUGUGUUUUUCAAAUUGUACAAUAUUCCCAUCCAAUUAGAUUAUCCAAAGGCAUCAGUUGUUUUUAAGGACAAACUUCUGAUCAAGUCUUAGCAAACAAUAAAAAAUGCUAAAUAGACUGGUCUAUUGUUCAAUAAUAUAAUUAUUCCAAAAAUUGCAUCGUAAAACAAACGAUAAUAAAUUUAAGUCUUUAUUGAAGGCAAUGUUAGCCAAAGAUCCUGAUGAGAGGAUAACUGCUUACCAAGCACUUUAGCAUCCCUUUUUUGCUGACUUGCCCCCAGUAUUAUCAACUGAUUUUGCAGGCAAUUCUAUGACAUUUAAAUCAAAAUGCAUAAUGAAUCAAACUAUUGACAAACCAAAUCUCGAAUCCAUAAAUAGCCUGAAUGAUCUCUCGGGCCUUUAAAAAUAGUAAAUUUAUGUCAGGGAUUUAAGACCAUCAAUAAUUAGCAGAAGAGUGUGA